CUUGUGAUCAAGUCUCGGAGUGUACAACAGAGAGACGAGGAGAAGCUUCUCUGCAACAAACUCAAACCACUCGGACUAUUCUUGUGAAUUUUCCUCUUACGGAUCAUAAAACAAGCGAAGUCUGCAAACAUGCCGGUAUCGAGGAUGAGGAUGAGGCCAUGGCUGGAGAAGAUGAUCGAGUCAAACUCCAUCUCGGGUCUGAAUUGGGUGGACAAGGAUAAGACAAUGUUCACAAUUCCCUGGAAGCAUGCAGCUCGGCACGGCUGGGAGCUGGACAAGGACGCAUGUCUGUUCAAGGAGUGGGCCAUCCACACAGGGAAAUACGCGGAGGGGCAGACCUGCGACCCAAAGACGUGGAAAGCCAACUUCCGCUGUGCAAUGAACUCACUGCCUGACAUCAAGGAGGUGAAAGACAAGAGCAUCAACAAAGGCCACCAAGCCAUGCGUGUCUUCAGGAUGUUGCCCGCCACCCUAAAAUCUAGAGAUAAACGAAGCAAAGCCAAGGAAACAAAGCCAAGGAAGAAGAGCUCAGUUGUCAAGGUGGAGGAAGACGUGGAAGACUACAGUGAUACUCAGUCCCCCAUGGAUCAGUCGGAAGACACUUUUUCCACUCAGGAGAACACAGUCGACAGCACAGUGAACACAGAGCAGCCAGAUUUAUCAUUUUUUACUCAAUCUGAAGUUCCUGACUGGUGUUCAUCAGUUGAAAUCGGGAGUGAGAGCAUUCACAACAACUACUGCCACAGAUUUCAAGUUUCACCAGACCACAGUGAUUCCGACUUUCCUGAAGAAAUAAUUAAGAUUUGCGAGCAACUGGAGGCAGACCUAAGCUGGACGAGCAGUUUAGACGGCAGUGGGUUCCUGAGCAAUGAAGUAUGCACCACUCCAAGCAGCCAGUGGAGUGAAUCUUCCUCAGACGAACUAGACGACAUGCCACAUUACACAACUUUGGGCUGCACAAACGGCAUAGACGAGUUCUGCAGCAGCAAUUACCCAUUCAGGACGGGACAUUGCUUUGACACUUUCAACUUCUAAAGGACUCUUCCCGCCCACAAAUCCCUGACCCCGUUUCUCAGUUGACUCACCCAUCGUCCUCAUCUUCGUCAUCCUUCCACUCCGUGAUGGGCGUUGUCAACACCUUAAGCUAAAACACCACACACCCGUGGUGCCGGCGUUUGACGCUCCAUAGCAAGAGACCUCUCCUCAUCUCCCUCAAGCUUUCUGUCAAGUUAUGAAGUGCACUGCUGUGUUGGAGGAACUCACAUGCUGUUCAUUCUCUAUGUUUUUGGCUGGUUCAAGGCAUUCCGGUGCUCAGUUUUCGUGAUAGCGAGGUGCAGUUGCACAGAAAUCUGUUUUGCUCAGGCAGUCUAUGUACAUGAACAUACUCAGCCGUGAAUGCAUUAAAGGUAGCCAACUCAAAAUGCAAGUAGGAUCAUAUUCAGUCUGCUCAACAUUUGAGAGGAUUGUUAAUGUACAGUAUCAAAUCAUUAUCACAAAAAAACCUUUUUUGUCCUGUUAUCUGCAAGAGUGAAUUUUAGUUUGAGGGAUACAACAUUUGGGCAAACAUCUGGUGAAAGUUUCACUUCAAAAUCAUUUUGUUUGCUUUAACAGAAUUGUACAUAAUUUUUGUAUAUAGUUGUUUUUGUUUCUGUGAUUUUAUAAAAUAAAACAUCCAAAUGUGAA